AUGAAAGGGAUAAUUGGAUUUAAGGCGAAUUAUGAGGAAAAAAGCAAGUCUUUUAGGGACUUCAAUUUCAGGUUUCGAAAAAAGUUCAAAUCGGCAUAUCCUGAAGAAGAACAUCCAUAUCCAAGCAUGUAUGCUCUUCGAGCAUAUGAUGCUACAUGCGCCAUUGCAAAAGCCAUGCAACAUUCUAAAGGGAAAGUGAACUCAAAUGAACUGAUAAAUCACAUCUCUUCAAAUGAUUUUGAAGGUCUUAGUGGAAACGUCAGCUUCAGGAAUGGAAAAUUGUGGCAAAAACCUUCCUUUCAGAUCAUUAAUGUGACUGGGAAAAUUUAUACAGAAAUAGCAUUGUACUCACCAGAGCUUGGCUUCUCAAUGGAUCUCAGAGAUCAGGAAAGAAAGGGGACAAGGAGAGACACUAAUAUGCAUAAGCAAUUGGAUUUUGUUCACUGUCCAGGAGGUGUGCAAACAGUUCCUAAGGAAAGGAAACUAAAAAUUGGGGUUCCUCUAACGGCCACUGUCCAUGAGUUUGUCAGUGUGAGCUAUGACCAAGAAGAGAAGACAUACUCCUUUGGUGGAUUUUCCAUUGAAGUUUUUAGAGCCAUAGUUAAGCAGCUUCCAUAUCCUUUUCCAUAUGAGUUUGUUCCAUUUCCUGGCACCUACGAUGAGAUGUUGCGUGCAGUUCAUGAUAAGAGUUUGGAUGCAGCAGUUGCAGACAUAAAUAUAGUAGAUUAUAGAUACAAUUAUGCAGAUUUUUCACAGCCUUAUAUGGACUCUCAAAUUGUUAUGAUAGUAACUGCAAAGGAAGAUUUGAAAAGGCAAAAAUUCAUUGCCGUUACAGCCUUUGAAUGGAAAUUGUGGGUGGUGAUGGCAACAUUAAGCUUAUCCAAUGGGGCCAUUAUCUAUUUGAAUGAGCACUUGAAUGAAAAUCCAGAGUUUGCAGGUUCAUUUCCUCAGAUAAUUGGUUCUAUGAUUUGGUUUUCUGUCACUCUUCUCUCAUUCGCACAAAGAGAACACAUCAAAAAUAAUCUGUCACGAUUGGUAUUUGCAGUAUGGUUGUUCGUGAUUAUGGUGAUGACAGCAUCUUAUACUGCAGUUCUAAGUUCUAUGAUGACUGUGCCAAGGCUCCAGCCAUCUAUAGUAGAGGUUGAUUAUCUUCAUAAAAUUAAUGCAAUUGUCGGGUGCAAUGGGGAGGGUUUCAUCCCAAGAUACUUGAGGCAUACUUUAAAAUUCAAGGAAGAGAACAUCAAGAAAAUUCCUUCUAUCAGUGACUACAAGGAAGCUUUUGAAAAGGGGGAAAUUGCAGCAGCCUUCUUUAUCAGUCCACAUGCCGAACUUUUCCUAGCAACUAAUAGAAAACGCUAUGUCAUUGCGAAACCUAGGUUUGAAGUUGGUGGUCUUGCUUAUGCAUUCCCAAAGGGUUCUUGUUUCACUGCUGCUGUAUCAAAAGAAGUUCUAACUAUGAAACAAAACGGAAAGAUGAAUACCCUGAAAUGUCUUUUUCUUUCUUUCUUGAACAGCUCCUCAUCAGAUCACCAAAUCGAUGACCUAAGUUUAUACCUUUCACAUUUUUCGGGUCCAUUAAUUUUUUCAAGUAUGACUACUGCAAUUGUAUUCUUGAUCAUGGUUGUUCGUGUAAUUCACCAACGAUGGUCGAUUCAUGACUCAAUACAAUCUUUACUGAUGCACAGAAGGAUUUCCAGAUGGGCAUCAUUUCUUUUAGUAAAACAGCAUGCAAGAUUUGGCUCAGGAUUAUUUGGGGAUCCCACUGUUCAGAGACAGAAUAAUUUAACCAAUAUUGCAACUGAAAACUGA